UGGGUCAAAUCUUGGAAGCUUUUGACCCACUUCCCGGUUUCCGAUUGAGCUGAAAUUGUGCAUACAUAUGUAAGUCAGGUAACAAUGCAAUAUUAUGGUACCAUCGAGCUGAUCUGAUAAUGGAGACAGGAAGUGGCUAUGUGAACUCUGUGAUAAAACAGCGCAAACUAAUAGUGUUUGGGGUUUUCAGAAUUGUCUCGAUGAGUACUAGUUGCGUGUGGAAAGAAAAGUACAGUCAGCGAUAAAAGCUGGUACCAAAAAUGAUUUUUUUUCCCAAAACUUAUUCAAAUUUAGAUCGACCAAGGUUGACGCGCAACAACAAUAAGCGCCUAGAUUGCGAGCUUUCGCGGACGUCAAAUUUCGAAGACCGACGAUUUAUCAUCCCAUUAAUCCAUACUUAAAAUUAUAAAUACGAAUACACUGGCCAAGGGGGUGAAAUAAUGCUAGAUUGUACGAGAGCAGGUACUAAGCGAGUCGUGAGGAGUCGUCGGGUUGUUUGGUAGUUUAACGAGCCCAUUAAUAGUGCGUGGGGUUGUUACGCGUACGCUGCGACAUUUUACAUAUAUUUAUAAUGUGUCGCAAUGAAGCGACAUAACGCAACGCACUCACUCACUCACAUUCACAAUUAAUUAAUUAUUUCAGGAGUCUGGUGUUCCCCUUUGAAAACAUCGCGGUCAAUAUUGAAGGAACACUCGAAAUCUCAAUUACUAACACUAUCAGCCGGGCCCUUUAGAAUGGUGUGAAGGUCUGUGCUAUCAGUUAAAUGACUGUCCUUAAUUCUUUAUUUUGUAACUUUCAGGUAUAUAUAGUUAAAUUGAUCGUUGUUUUGAUGACAGUGUUUUAGUUUGCUUCACGAUGUUUAAUUGGGUGUUGGGUUGUGCUUUCUUCGGGUUGGUUGUAUCAACGCCAACACCCAGCAUCGAAAAUGUAAAAAUAGUUGGCGGCGAUGACAUCGACAUCAGUGAGGCCCCGUUCCAAGUGUCGAUGGUCUACCGAGGCCGCCAUUCCUGCGGGGGCUCUAUCAUAGCAGAGGACAUGAUUUUGACGGCAGCGCAUUGCGUUAUUGGGAGUUUCCCAAAAGACUACCAUAUACGCGUAGGCUCAUCGUCAAGCAAAGAGGGAGGUCUGCUGGUUCCAGUAGCAGAUCUUAUAUACCAUCCCAGCUUCUCUUUCACCAAGAUGGACAGCGACAUCGCACUGCUGAGACUCAGCACUCCGCUGGAGUUCAGUGAUACUGUAAAGUCCAUAGAGAUGAUGGGAGACGGAGAAGAGGUCGAUGAUGGAGCUAUUACUGAAGUCAGUGGAUGGGGAAAUACAAAGGAAGGAGGUGGUUCGCCGUCCACCCUCCAGAAGGUGUUGGUGCCGGUAGUGAACGAGCAAGCCUGCCGCUCAGCGUACUCACCAUUGUACGCAAUCACGCCGAGGAUGCUAUGCGCUGGUGUACCCGCUGGUGGGAAGGAUGCUUGCCAGGGUGACAGCGGUGGUCCUCUAGUCCACGACGGAAAGCUGGCUGGUGUGGUCUCCUGGGGCAUCGGCUGCGCCCGGCCCACAUACCCCGGAGUGUAUGCCAAGGUGUCGGCUCUCAGGACCUGGGUGGAUGACAACAUCAUUUUCCUGAGGAUCAAGUCAUGGCUGCGAUAUUAAUCAUUUAAUGCAAUAACUAAGGCAGUCCGAAUUAUUUUAGCCAGGGAAAAAAUGUAAAGGGAGUCAAAAGUGUUGCUCACAUCGUAAUAUAGGGUUAAAUAGGAUUAACAGU